AUGAAAACCGGCUGUGGAGGGAUACUUCCGGGGCAAGGGGCCCAGGCCCAUCCGGACUGGGGCCCACAGCAGCAGCACCGCCCAGCCCUACAGAGUCCGGGGCAGCCCACCCGACUCCACCGCAGAGAAAACUGCACCCACCCCAUCAUCCAAUCAUCUCCCAAACUACACAAGACAAUAGACGCCCAGGUUGAGUUCAUUCUCUACCUCUCCUAUAUCCCUCCCCCACCUGCAAGGUCCAUUAAACAGUUCAGUUCAUCGUUUGUUUCUAAGUUCGGAGACAUCAUGGGAUCAUCAUCGUCGUCUUAUUCUGGAGGGAAUCAGGAUGACAGGGAGCCAGAGCUCGGGGACUUGAUUGAGAUCUUCCGUGACAUCUAUCAGCACUGGGCUGUAUACGUUGGUGCUGGCUUUGUUGUUCACUUUGUAAAUCACUCUGGAGUCUCCAGCGACAACCCUGUCCAAGCUGAAAAUGGCACUGUGCGGAAGGAGAAGUUAUGGGAUGUGGUGGGAAAAGACGACUGGAAAAUCAACAACAGCAUGGACAGGCAAUAUAAGCCACGCCCAGCUAAUGUUAUUGUGAAGGAUGCUAAAGCAAUGGUGGGCAAAGAACUGCGAUACCACCUUGUCUCAUAUAACUGUGAGCACUUUGUCAAGGAGCUGCGGUGGAAAAAGCAGCACUCGGAGUCGUGGGUGGUGCAGGCGUUAUCGGUCUGGCAGUACGUGGCUCUUUGGCAUCUAGAAAUGGACCCAGCUCAUUUUGACUUCCCCUACUGA